AAUAAUUUUAAAUUGGAACAUAUUUUUGUUGCUAACUCUUGAACAGAAAUAGGCAGCAGGAAUCUAUCUUAAUAAACAUCAAUAAAAUACAAUCCAAUAAAGCAGAAUUGUUAAUUACUAAACAUAUGUUUUAUAGAUGAAAUUAAUAUAGUCGUAUAGAUGCCAAAGUAAAAAACAACUUUAAAAACAUGGCUUCAAGUUCCAAAAGUUCUGGAAAAUCUAAAAGAUCACCUCAGGUAGAAUCUUCUGAAAAUGACUGUUUAGGGUCUUCUAGUGACCAAGAAUGCAGUAUGAAAGGCAAAAGAAUGAAGAAAGAUGAUAGUGGCAUCAAUGUUAUACAAGAAAAUGAGACCUCUGACGAAAGUGAUAUCGAAAAUUUUAGUGAUAUUGAAAAAAAAUUGGGACAGAAUAGUCCAGACUCUGGUAAUAAUGAGCCAUGUAACUUUCCAAAUGUACAUCAACAGGGUGAGGAGUUAGAAGCUGUUUCAGCCAGUGUAAAUGAAGCAACAGCAUCUUGUAGUAGUCAAUCUCCACUAGAAAAGAAAAGUAAAAAUGAUACUUCCGGUUCUUCGGAUGAUAAAAAUCUUUCUAUGAGACUCUCUCACAGAAGUUCUUCAGAUAGUGAUAGUGAAAAUUCUAGUGAAAAAACUGACUCAAACUGUGAUAGUGAUCAUACUUAUGGAAAGGUUGGGAAAGCUAAACCAGCUGAUCAAAGUGAUAAGGACUAUGAUCCUACUCCUAGUACUCCAAGACCAAAAUAUAACUGGAAUGCUCCAUUAGCUCUUACUUCUCGACAGUAUGGACAUCGUCUAAAUUAUUCCCCAGAUCUUUUCCGAUAUAAGUGUUAUGGAAGCCUUCAUAUGGUUGAACGAUUAGAGUUAAUGGAUAAAAUGAAAAGACAUGAUGGAUGUGUAAAUGCCUUAAAUUUUAACUCAACCGGUACCAAACUUGCUUCUGGAUCAGAUGAUUUAGACAUAGUAGUAUGGGAUUGGACCAUAGGAGAGCCACUUUUUGAUUAUAAUAGUGGUCACAGAAGCAAUGUUUUUCAGGCAAAAUUUAUGCCUUUGUCUCAAGAUGGGUUUAUAGUUAGCUGUGGACGGGAUGGGCAAGUACGUGUUGGAGAAAUUUCAUCUUCUGGAGAGUGCAAAAAGACUAGAAAACUUGCUCAGCAUAAAGGUGCAGCUCAUAAGCUUGCUCUGCAAAUGGAUUCGCCUAAUACAUUUUACAGUUGUGGAGAAGAUGCUGCUGUAUUUCAAGUAGACUUACGCAAAGAAAAACCAGACAGGCUAGUAUUAUGUAAAGCUAAGGAGAAGAAAGUGCCACUAUAUUCUAUAUUUGUCAAUCCUCUAAAAUCAUUUGAAUAUGUUGUUGGAGGAAGGAGCCAGUUUGUCAAAGUUUAUGAUGCUCGAUAUAUUCAAGAAAACUCUGGAUUUCUAAAAGAUUUUUGUCCUGAACAUCUAGUAAUAUAUUUUGCCUUACUUAUUAUUUUACUUAUUAAUUCCCCCCCCCCAUUUUUUUUAAAUGUAGAAGUACUAGCUUCUUAUAAUGAUGAAGAUAUAUACUCAUUUGAUAACCUGGAAACAGUACAAAACAAGUAUUUGCAUCGCUAUAGGGGCCACAGGAACAGUCAAACUGUUAAAGGUGUCAAUUACUUUGGUCCAAAAAGUGAGUUUGUUAUGAGUGGAAGUGAUUGUGGCUACAUAUUUUUCUGGGAGAAAGAAACAGAACAUAUUGUAAAAUACAUGUAUGGAGAUGAAGGUGGUGUUGUUAAUUGUUUAGAGCCGAAUCCAAUUAUGCCAGUCUUAGCUACUAGUGGAUUAGAUGAUGAUAUCAAAAUAUGGGUUCCAUCUUGUGAGACUCCACCAGAUCUGAGUGGUCUAAGAAAGCAUCUGAUUGCAAACAUGAAGGAACGAGAGGAAGAACGGAGAGAUUGCCCUGAAGCUUUUAUUGACCAAACAAUCUGGUUUUUGAUGCAACAUCUUGCUCGUUCACGUGGGCGAAGAGCAUCUGGAAGAGAUGACCCUGUGAUUGAAAUAAGUUCCUCUGACUCAGACAGCCAAGAUGAAGAUGUUGAAAUUCGACGGGAAAUCCAAUGCAAUCAAUCUUAAAAAGGAAAUUAAAAUAUCAGAAAAGAAUUAAAAAUUUGAGAAGAAACGUACGUGUUGGAGUGUUAGUGGAAGUAUAUUGAUUUAAAUGAUAUUUUAUUUAUUUUGUUAUUUGGACUGUUUAAAUAUAUAAUAAAUACUUUUCAAGCUAUGCAAUUUCUGUAUGUUUUGUAUAUAGUUUAAUCGAUUGUACAAUCUUAAUACUGUAAUUCAGAUGGUAGGUUUGUGGUAUUUUUGUGCAAGAAUUUCCUUUGAUUGAUUAGAUUGUUUAUAAAAUUUCCUAUAAAAUAAAGGUUAUUUUAUAAUUUC